CCGUGGGACGGGAGUCACUCGCACCACAUCGCUGUGGCUUAUAAACCAAAACAACAGAGCAAAACAAAAGGAACAAAACCCAAGACAGACGCCAACAUGCAGGCUACCAAGAACGGAAUCUCUUGGAGACUUUUUCUAUUUUCUUACUUGUUUUUGGAGAGUUCAGCUCAAGAGUUUGGCGGACAGACGCAGUUCAUUUGCACGUCCGUACCCAAGGAUAUGGACAUAUGCGCGGCCACCUUGCAGAACAGUGUACCGGGAGAGGAUUUGAAGACCACCGUUAUGCAGCUAAGGGAGACGGUUUUGCAGCAGAAAGAGACGAUAAUGAACCAAAAAGAGACUAUCCGGGAACUGACCUCAAAGUUAGCUCGGUGUGAGAGCCAGAGUGGGGCCGAGCCUGGGGACGCACGGCCCGGAGGCAGGAGAAAAGAGGCUGGGACCAAAAACACAAUGGGGGAUGUAUCGCGGGGCCCCACUGACACUUUGACGCAACUAUCACAGACUUUACAAUCUCUGAAACAGAGAUUAGAAAAUCUCGAGCAGUUCAGCAGAAAUAACAACUCAGUGCAGGCAAACAGCCUGAAAGACCUGCUCCAAAGUAAAAUCGACGACUUGGAGAAGCAGGUGUUGUCCCGAGUGAACAGCAUAGAGGAGGGGAAGCCCGGGCUCCGGAAUGAGACCGAGCAGCGUGGGAGAGUGGAGUCUACUCUCACAUCCCUGCACCAGAGGAUCACUGACCUGGAGAAAGGACAAAGACAAAACAGGCCUUUGGAUAAAUUCCAGCUCACGUUCCCGUUGAGAACCAACUACAUGUAUGCAAAAGUGAAGAAGAGUCUGCCUGAGAUGUACGCCCUCACCGUGUGCAUGUGGCUCAAGUCCAACGCCUCUCCAGGAGUGGGCACGCCUUUCUCCUAUGCAGUUCCCGGUCAGGCCAACGAGCUGGUCCUCAUAGAGUGGGGCAACAACCCGAUGGAGAUACUGAUAAAUGACAAGGUUGCAAAGCUGCCUUUCCUGAUCAAUGAUGGCAAAUGGCAUCAUAUCUGUGUGACCUGGACCACUCGUGAUGGUGUUUGGGAGGCUUUCCAGGAUGGAGUCAUGAGGGGCAGCGGAGAGAACCUGGCUCCAUAUCAUCCAAUCAAACCACAGGGCAUGCUGAUCCUGGGUCAAGAGCAGGAUACGCUUGGAGGAGGAUUUGAUGCCACACAAGCUUUUGUUGGGGACCUGGCAAAUUUUCACAUCUGGGAUCGGAAACUAUCCAUCGGGGAGAUAUACAACCUAGCAACGUGCAGCAGCAAAGCCCAAGUGGGCAAUGUUUUUUCCUGGCUGGAGACAAGCAUUGAUAUUUACGGAGGGGCCUCGAAGUGGACAUUUGAAGCUUGUCGCCAGCUCAACUGAAUUGCAGGGAAGUGAAAAGCCAAUGCGUUUGUAAAAGCCACUGUUGUUACAGCGUCAGUAAACUAAUUUGAAAGAUCAGGAUGCUUUUUGUUUCAGUGAAUGGCAUCUGGAUUUAUUAUAGAUAUUUGAAUACAUCAUUUGUGGACACUUAAUAGAUUUUUACCAGAUUUUCAUGCGGGAUAGGUUACUGGAAGUGGACACUUUGGCAUCCUGUGGUGUUUGAAAGCACACCGGGCUUGUUUCUGAUUUUAUUUGAGAAUGAUGAUGAUGAGGAUGAUGCCACAGCACAGAGCAGACAGCACUCUCAGAGACCACAAUGUCAGGCCAGCAUCGGAGGUAGAGGACCAUAUAGUUUUUAGUGGGCAGACGACACACAGCUCAGCAGACGACUGAUUUCUUCGAAUUUCUUUUCGUUUUCCUGACUGCCUGGAAUUUUCACUGUGACGAUUGAAAAGGUGGACUUGAUAAAGGAAUGUAUACUUCAACAGCGUCUCAACCAGAGAUGGCUUUCUUUCUGUCACUAUUCUUUCUCUGUCACCACCUGCUUGACGUGAUUUUGUGUAAAGAAUGAUAUAUAUUUAUUGCCAACAUACAAGCCUGAGUGCCUUGGGCUGUUGAAAAAAAAAAAAAACUCAGCACAUUCAUUAUGAUUUGCAGAGUGUUUGUGUGUUUGCGUUGACUUUCUUGUAAAUUAAUUUCAAAAGAGGUGUUUCUUGUAACACUGGAUUCAGUUGGAUUAGAGUAUCUAUCGUAAAAUGCAAUUCGUUGAUGACAAUGGCGCAUUUUGCAGGUGUUUGUACUUUAAUGGGAAUGUUAUCUGUACAGUAAAAGCAUGACUUAACUUCUGUAAAUGCUGCGUCAGCAUCGAUGAACUUUGCUUUUACUAUCCUACUUUUGGGUUGAGAUUUUAUACUGUAUUGUUAUAUGCUCAAAGCAUGGCAACACCGACAGAUGAAAAAGUUCUAAUUUUUGUAAUAAAAUUGUGAUACCUGAAUCAUA